AUGAGCAUGAUCAUUCGUAGUGGUGCGUUGCGUCUCUUUGUUCGCACUCGAGCUCUCUCCACUGUUCCGAGUCCACCUGCACGUCUCAGACGACUGGGACACAUGCUAGUGCUUUCCAGCGCAUUGACUACCUCCGUGCUGGGCUACGCAUUCUACACUGAUGCUUCAAAUAUUGAACCAGCGCCCUUUGACACGCGUACACUGUCGGAUCUGGUGCGUGCGUAUAUUGUGUACGGGACAUGCAGUAUCGCUCCCCUCGUUGAUGCGGCACCGACAAUAUUGGACAUCUUGUUCGGUAUCCCUGGAGUGAAUAAGAUAGUCGAGAGUUUCGUGCGAGCUACUUUCUUCCAUCAGUUUGUCGGCGCAGACACGGCCAAUGGUGCACUACCGCUGCUUGCAUCUCUCCGUGCGGAGAACAAAGGUGCUCUCUUUGCUUAUUCCGUUGAAGUCGGUGAGACGGAGGCGGCGGGUCAAACGAACAUGGAAAGGCCUCAGCCCGUACACAAGCGUAUCAUAGAGGAAACUAUAAGGACUAUCAACGCCUCCGCCGAUUUCGAGGACGGAAGGGAUGCACUUCAGAAUGGACACAUGGGGAGGCGGACUUGGGUUGCUGUGAAAGUUACUGCCAUGCUUCCAAAUGCCCAAUCUUUGAUCAACCUGUCAACACACCUCACAAAUACUCGAGCACCGCUUGAACCGCCGGUGCUCUUUCCAGGAACUCCUUCACCGUCUGAUCUUUCCAUUUUGCACUCCUCUAUAUCAACAGGAACACUAACGGAAUCCGACAUUCAUGACCUGAAAGAGCUAUACAACGACCUUGUGCGGAUUUGCACACAUGCUGAAGAACGCAGAGUAAGAGUGUUCAUCGAUGCAGAGCAUAGUUGGUACCAACCCGCCAUCGACGCAUUUGGACACGCGUUGAUGGAGCGAUUCAAUAAGCUCCCCUCCGGUGGCUUCCGGCGGACGUGGGAAUCUAUGCACGACAGAGUGCAGCCUCUCGUGUAUGUGACCUAUCAAGCCUAUCUACGACGCAUGCCCGCGCACCUCGCACACUCCCUGGCGCUGGCCCGUGCCAGAGGAUAUGCGCUUGGAGUGAAACUCGUCCGGGGAGCUUAUCAUCCACACGAGCUUGCUGCCCAUCAGCAGACUCGUUCAGCUGGCUCUCCAGUCGGACCCUACUUAACAAAACACUCACAUUCGCUCUCCAUAUCUCCCGACCCUGAACCUCCUGUUCAACCCUCGAAGGAUGCGACGGACCAAUGCUAUUACGACUGCGCGACCAUGCUGAUCGAUGCAGUCUCCCAAGACGUCCACCGCUCCGGCCGAUUCGGUGCACCAGGCAUUGGUAUCUUUUUUGGCACGCAUAACUGGACCUCGUGCGAGUUCAUCCUGGAAGAACUUGUUAAGAAGGGCCUGGGAGUCGUCGAGCGUGUUGGCGUCCAUGGGGUGCAAGAAGACGCGGUGCGGAUCCCGCUUGAAGUUGGUGAGAGGAUUUCAUUUGGGCAGCUGUAUGGGAUGUCAGAUGCGCUGACGAAUUACCUCGUUGGGCGGACGCGGUGUGAAAGGCCGUGUGUGAUCAAGUAUGUCCCGUUCGGCGCACUGCUGCAGGUCAUGCCCUACCUUUCACGUCGGGCGAUUGAGAACAAGAGCGUCCUCGGAGCAGGGGGUGCCACAAGAGAGAGAAAGGAGGCUGCGGCUCUCAUUUGGAAGAAGAUGAAAGGAUUGGUUGUGUCAUAG